GUGUAAUGUUAUACAGCGGCUUUUGACCUGUUUGUAAUGAACGGUUUACAGUCCAAAUGAUCUGAAUAUUAGUCGAAGUGGUAUAAUUUAACGUGAUAAUCUCGGAAUAAUUGUGAAUAAGUAUUCACUAUGUCAAAGACACGAAUUAAGAGUAUUGUCCCUAUAAUUUUAACCUUCAAGGAUUUACUGCAUUUCAUGUCAACGGGCAUUUGCAGAUAAUGAAGCUGUUGAAUAAAGUUGAGCAGUAAUCUUAAAGUAAAACUUUGUCUACUAAUAUUUGCAAAACAAUUUUAAAAUGAGUGAAAAUGAAUCAAUGUAUGGGACAACUUUGUCCCAAGAGUCUAUCAAAGUAAUAGCGGAAAGUAUUGGCAUUGGCAACUUUCCAGAUGAAGCUGCAAAAGAUCUUGCUGAAGAUGUCAGUUAUAGGCUAAAAGAAAUUAUUCAGGAUGCUGCAAAAUUCAUGAGACAUGGGAAACGCCAACGAAUGACUGCACACGACAUAGAUCAUGCGUUGAAGAUUAAGAACAUUGAGCCAACGUAUGGAUUUUUUGCCAAGGAUUACAUACCAUUCCGCUUUGCAUCAGGUGGAGGUAGAGAAUUACAUUUUGUAGAAGAGAAGGAAAUUGAUCUUAACGAGGUUGUAGCUAUGGCUGGUGGACAGACAUGGCCAAAGCUCCCAUUGGAAAUUACAUUACGAGCCCAUUGGCUAUGCAUUGACGGAGUACAACCUACUAUACCAGAAAAUCCACCACCAGUAUCAAAAGAGGUCCAGAAAUUGGAGAGCGUUGAUCCAACAACUAAGCUCACCAGCAAGAAUCAAAAUAUAGGCGUGGGUAAACCAGGCGGCGGUGGCAAAAGCCAAAAGUUACGAAACGUCGAGACUGUUCAUGUGAAACAACUUGCGACGCACGAGCUUAGCGUGGAACAGCAAUUGUACUACAAAGAAAUAACAGAAGCGUGCGUGGGAUCCGACGAAGCUCGUAGAGCCGAGGCUCUUCAGUCACUCUCAGCGGAUCCGGGUCUACACGAGAUGUUGGCACGUAUGUGCACCUUCAUCGCGGAGGGUGUGCGGGUCAAUGUAGUACAGAAUCAUCUUGCGCUGCUCAUUUACCUCAUGCGGAUGGUCAAAGCCUUACUCGAUAAUCCAAGUCUUUACUUGGAGAAAUAUCUUCAUGAAUUGAUACCGUCGGUUGCAACUUGCAUAGUGUCUCGACAAUUGUGCAUGAGACCAGAGGUAGACAAUCAUUGGGCAUUACGUGAUUUUGCUUCCCGGCUGAUGGCGCAGAUAUGUAAAAAUUUCAACACCUCGACGAAUAAUGUGCAAACUAGAGUCACGCGUAUGUUUAGUCAAGCAUUGGCGAAGAAUAAUCAGACACCAUUAGCAUCUCUAUAUGGAGCGAUUGAAGGACUUUGUGAACUAGGACCAGAAGUGAUUAAAGCUUUGGUUAUCCCCAAAAUUAAAUCCGUCUCUGAGCGUAUUGAAUCAUGUAUCGAAGGCCAAGGGCUCUCCAGUGUAGACAAAAAUGGAGCAGGACAUAUUAAAACUUUGCUUGUGAAAUCAGUUGCACCAGUUCUGAAAACAAUACGAUCACCACCAGAUUACGUAGAAGAGUACAAACAAGAUUAUGGAUAUAUAGGACCUGCAUUAUGCACUGCAGUUGCGAAAGCUCGCACACAACCGACCGCUUUAACAACCACAGCUACAACUACAGCACUCACAACGAAUCAGCAACAAGGUUCCAAUUGCACAGGAAAAACGCUCGUGCAGACAGUUAGCAAUUCAAGUUCGGGUCAGCAACCUGGCCGCACAAUCAUGCUUGGCGCAAGUAGAAGCGCUACCGGAACUUCCGCCACCGGUGGACAGAAAUUCGUUAUCUUACAAUCCCGCUCGCAAACACCUAUUUCUAAUAUAAAUACCGCUAUCAAUACAAGUACAGUUCAACAGCAGCAACAGCAACAGCAGCAGCAGCAGACACAGGCACAAACACAACAAUCACAACAACCACAACAGCAACAGCAACAAGUUAAACUAGCGCAAACUAACGUCAACCAACAAAAAACACAUGUACAAAGUUCUACACCGAAGUUAGUUGUAGUGUGUAUGGCCACUAGCGGUCAUACUAAUACAACAUCAAUAACGCAGCAAGGGAAUUUAACAACAAAACCGCAAAGUGUCUUUGUUGCGCAGCAGAGUGUUGAAAGGCCGCUCAGUCCAGAGGAGGAACAAUCGUUUCAGUGAAAGUCUAUAUAUAAAGUAUAUAAGUGACAAGAGAUGAAAAUAGAACUUCCAAAUACUUCCUUUUACAGUUAAUACAGUUAAUACAUUUUUUAGAAUAGAAGAGAAGAUAUUUCUAAAUAAAAAAUAAAGAUUUAUGAAGACUAAGACAAAAA